AUGAAUAGAGUAAAAUCAUUAAAAUAAAAAAACUUAGAAUAAGAUACUCAAUAAUAAUCUGAAUAUCAGUUAUACAGUCAAUUAAAAUAAAAAGAUUGGUGCUAAUCAAUGGUUUUUUCAAAAGGAAAUUCAAUAUUGAUGGCUUAAUGUAAAACUUUAAUUAAAGUAUUGUAUAUUAUUAAAGGGUAAUUAAAUCUAAUAAGAAUCUUAUCCAGUCACAGAUCAUUUCUAACAACAAUGACAAUUUUAUAGAAAUACAAUUAACUUAUAUCUACUAGUUAAGAAGGAUAAAUUCAUAUUUGGUCAAUGAUUCCUAUUGCAAAACCAAUAAUUAUCAAGAAAUUUGAUGCUACUUCAUCUUAUGUUGGUUGUUUAAUUUAUAAUGAAAGCUAUGAUCUAAUUAUAACUGGAAAUAGUAAUAAUAUAAACUUUUGGAAGAAUCCAAUGAGAUGGUCAUUAAUAUAAUCAAUUAAUGAACAUGAAGGUGCUGUAUGGGCAUUAAGUAUUAAUUAGAAUUAAAAUAAACUUAUAUCUUGUGGUUGGGAUAAAAUGAUAUUAAUUAUAGGAAGAUAAGAAGAUGAAAGUUGGGUUAUAAUUCAAAAAGUCAUUGUUAAGUUCUAAGGAUAUAGACUCUGUUUUCUUGAUGAUGAUUAUUUUAUGUAUUAACCUCGUUCGAAAAGUAUAAUCAUACUUUUUUAAAUCUAAGAUAAUGGUUAACAUGUAGAAAAAGUUAAAGAAAUUGAAUUAAUCUAGAGAAGAUAUUAAUGUAAUGCAUUUUUUCCUAUGUCAUUUGAAAAAUAAAAAAAAAUUCUUUUGAAUAAAAAUGGUGAUACAAUAAUAAUAUUAAAAAUUAUAGGAAAAGAAGAAAUAUAAAUUGUUUAAUUUAUUUAUUUUGAUUCUUUUAAUAUCUUUGGAAAGAUGAGUGAUGAUGGUUUACUUUUUGCAACUUGGGAUGAAAGUUCAUAGAAAAUAUAGAUAAGAAAACUUGAGAAUCAUUCAUUAUAAUGA